AAUAUGAAUAUUUUAAGAUAUUUUAUUGUACAUAAAGAGCAAAACUAUAUAUUUCUAAAUAGAAAUAUUUCAAAGUUGUAGACGAAGUUUGUUGACGAAGAAAGAUAUAGAAGAAAACAAAACACAGAAAAAAAUAUGACGUCAAAUUGGCUUAAAAAUUAUAUUGAAUAGUAAGAGACUAAUUUGCGAUGUCAAUAUCUCGAGUUCGUUCCCCGUUAAAUUUUCUUUAAAGAAGGUUUCCGUGUAAUAAUAAGUACUAGCUUUUAUCUAUAACUAUGCAUGUUAUCUAUUAUGCUUAUUCUGCUCGUGGAAAAAUAUUACGUAAUAUUUCGAUGACAAGAAGCGAAGAUUGCUUCGUGUAUAUUAAAAAUGCUCGACCGCAGCGCACUAUUUUCACGCACAGAGCUCGCGCAUUGAAACUAUAAAUAUAUCCUCAUUUAGUCGGACUUCUUGUAACAUUACGAAAGGAAGCACGGCUUAUGCGAAACGUUUGAUCGCUCAAAACGUUCAGCCUCCAACUUAAGAUCCAUUUGUAUAACAUUUGCAAGAUUUGUACUAGAGACAUCUCUCAAUUGGACACGAUGACGAACGAGAGAUUGGACCUGGACAAACCCUUGUGGGAUCAAAACACCUUCGUAGGAAGAUGGAAAUACUUCGCGUGGAUGACUGACUUCCGCACCUGCGUCAAACCAGAAUCGGAAUUGCUAGCUGCUAAAGUGUUAUGCGAACAAUACAGAAAUGGCAAAGAGCCAGCUGGUACUACCAGAGAGCAAAUUAUCUAUGCGAGGAAGCUGUACGAGUCUGCCUUUCAUCCCGACACCGGCGAUCUGCAGAAUGUCUUCGGCAGAAUGUCCUUCCAGGUGCCGGGAGGAAUGGCCAUCACCGGCGCGAUGCUUCAGUUUUACAGGACAACUAAGGCAGUAGUUUUUUGGCAAUGGGUUAACCAGUCCUUCAACGCCCUCGUCAAUUACACCAAUAGGAACGCUAACAGUCCUGUAACGACUAAUCAGCUAGGUGCAGCCUAUGUUAGUGCUACCGUCGCGGCCAUGGUAACUGCAAUAGGAUGUAAAACGUAUUGGGAAAAGCGCGCGAGUCCUCUAAUGGCUAGGUACGUUCCGUUCGCCGCAGUGGCAGCCGCUAAUUGCGCUAAUAUCCCUCUAAUGAGACAGAACGAAAUUGUAAACGGCGUGGAUCUCGUUGACGAUGACGGCAGAAAACUUACAAAAUCAAAGCUCGCGGCUGUGAAAGGCAUCAGUCAAGUCGUCAUUUCGAGAAUUGUCAUGUGCGCACCCGGCAUGCUUAUUCUACCGCCUAUAAUGGAAAGAUGGGAAAAAUACCUGUGGAUGCAAAGAAUUAAACCACUGCACGCGCCGAUACAAAUUAUGAUGUGCGGAAUUUCGCUGACGUUUAUGGUGCCGACGGCGUGUGCGCUAUUUCCACAAAAAUGUUCCAUCAAGACCACCACUUUGCAGCGCUGGGAGCCGGAAAACUAUGAGCUACUGACGAAGAACUGCAAAGGUGGCGAAUUACCGACGUACUUAUAUUUCAACAAGGGGCUGUAAUGUGAUGAAAAGUUCUAGUUUUAUGAGCUUGUACAAAUAUAAGUGUUAUUCCAUCCUUUAUAAAGGAUCGUUGUUUCAAAUGACACAGUGACGGUAAACACUUCUGCUGGAACAGAGACGAACCCGAAAUGAAUAUCACUUAUUAAAUUAUAGUCAAUUAUAUGGUAGAAAUAUUUUUUGAAUUUGUCAUUAAAAAUUUAGCGCACAGCUUUUUCUUAUGAUUUGAAGUAUGAAAUUUUGAAUGUCGCACCGAUAUUAAUAAUAAUAUUUAAAUUAGCGUUUAGUACGUCAAUUUUUUAAAAAUUAGAAUUUAGUCACAAAUUCACAGAGUGAUGAUAAAAUAAAAUUCAGUCGACGCACUAAAGUAUCUUACAAUAAGAGAGAAGUCGAUAGCCGCACGAAUCAGGAUAGAACCGAUAGAUAGUAAAGGAUAAAAUGUUGACAAUAUAAAUUGGUGCUUUACCGAUUACAUAUAUAAUUACGAAUUGUUAUGCGAGUUUUAUUUCACGCUUAAUUGUUCCUCUCAGGGCUCUCAGGUCUUAACGUUAAUUUAUAAGUUUCGUAGCAUUUUAAUGCAUCAUUAUACUUAAGCACUGAAAUAUUACUUAAUUUUAUGGAUAUUAUUAAAUUUUGAGAAGCCUGUCGAAAGUAAAAUGCUGCCAUAUAUAGUGAUACAAUAAAAAAACUUUAAUACACAUAUAAUUGAUGAAAGAUAUAGUAUUAUAUCAUGACGUUGUGUCAAUAAAUGUUGUUCAAUAA